GCUGUUGAAUAACUUUGCACAGCAGAGUGGAGCAUGGCGCCACUGCUUGUUCUUCCUCUCCAAUACUCGGAAUGAGUAUGUAAUGAUGUACAGUCUCACAGUAUUUGAAAAUCUGGUGAACAAAAUGUGGAUUGGAUUGGCUUCACAAGACAAGAUGGAGAUUCGCAGCUGUCUUCCCAAACUCCUACUUGCUCAGCACAAGUCCGUGCCGUAUUUCAUCCGUAACAAACUCUGCAAAGUCAUCGUGGACAUCGGUCGUCAAGACUGGCCAAUGUUCUACCACGACUUCUUCACAAACACCCUUCAGCUGAUCCAGACGCCGGCUCUUGCUCCACUGGGUUUGGUGAUGUUGAAAACCACAUCAGAAGAACUUGCUUGUCCUCGGGAAGAUCUCAGCGUUGCCAGGAAAGACGAGUUGCGUAAACUGCUGCUGGAGCAGGUGCCGACCGUGCUCGGACUGCUGACCGGUAUCUUGGAGACUUACUGGGACAAACACAGCAUCAUUGCUUCUACUCCACCUCCAUCACCCACUUCUAGGGAAAGUGUGGAAUUGCUGGGCAGUUUGUUUCAGGGCAGCCAAUACUCAAAGCUGCUUUGUCAGCCUAUGGCUGCGUUGGACAAUGAGAGUCAUCAGCUCUGUUGUCUUGUUUUGGAGUGCUUGGCCCACCUGUUCAGCUGGAUCCCACUGUCCACAAGUAUUACGCCCACCCUGCUGGCAUCCAUUUUCCACUUCGCACGUUUCGGCUGCGACCUACGGACAAAGGCCAAGACGGGAGCGCUCAUCUCCUCCACUUCUAACGGACCGCUCAACCCCGGGGCUGUGCCAACGACAAACGGGGAGGGUCGAAACGGACAGCAGAGCGAGGUCAAUAAGGCGGAUCGCGCUCGCCUCGGCGUGCUUGCCAUGACCUGUGUCAAUGAACUGGUGUCAAAGAACUGCGUGCCAAUGGACUUUGAGGAGUACCUGCUGCGAAUGUUCCAGCAGACGUUYUUUCUUCUGCAAAGGCUGACGCGAGAGAACAAUGCUCAUACAGUCAAGAGCCGCUUACAGGAACUCGAUGAGAGUUACUUGGAAAAGUUUACAGAUUUCCUGCGCCUGUUUGUGAGCGUUCACUUGAGACGGAUCGAGUCAAGUCCUCAGUUUCCGAUUGUGGAGUUUCUGGGUCUGCUUUUCAAGUACACCUUCAACCAGCCUACCCACGAGGGAUACUUUGCUUGUUUGGACAUUUGGAGUGUGUUUUUGGAUUUUCUGACGACCAAAAUAAAAAGYAGACUCGCUGACAGAGAAAGUGUACUUAACAGGUACAAAGAUGCCUUAGUUCUUCUGCUGAGGGAAAUUCUCAAUCGCAUUCAGUUCAGAUUCAACCAGGCCCAGUUGGAGGAGCUGGACGAUGAGACUCUGGAUGAUGAUCAACAGACGGAGUGGCAAAGGUACCUACGUCAGAGUCUGGAGGUGGUUGCCAAGGUGAUGGAACUGCUGCCAUCCCAUGCAUUUUCUACGUUGUUUCCAGUCCUGCAGGAAAAUUUGGACGUGUACCUGGGCUUGCGGCAGUUCAUCGUCACCACUGGCUCGAGCCAAAGACUGAAYAUAACAGCGGAGAAUGACUGUCGCAGACUCCACUGUUCUCUCAGGGACCUCAGCUCGCUGCUGCAGGCAGUGGGACGCUUAGCUGAGCAUUUCAUUGGAGAGGUGUUUGCUGMACGCUUCUCCGAUGCUCUGGCCGUGGUGGAGAGGUUGGUUGAAGUGACUUGCUACGGCUCCCAGACCAGCCUUUAUGACCUGGAGACAGCUGUGCCUUCUGUGCUCAARCCUGACCUCACCGACGUACAUGCGCAGGCUCUGGCUGCUUUGCAAGCCUAUUCCCACUGGCUCACUCAGUUCUACAGUGAAGUCCACAGCCAGAACCAGAGCCAGUUCAUCAACCUCAUCACUUCUGCAGUAAAUGCUAGCAGCCCUCUCAUCACAACAAAGGUACCUGAGAAGUUGCUGCUCUCUGCCAGCCAUCUGAUGGUUUCCAUCACCGCCACAGUGAGGCCGGUGUUUCUGGUCACUUUGCCGGCCGUUCAGAACAUCUUCAACCGGAUUACGACAGAGAACCAGAGCCAAAGACUUCCCCAAGAGGCUCACAUGCUCGUGUGCAGAGCUUUGUCCAACAUGCUGUUGCUCCCGUGGCCAAACUUACCRGAGAGCGAGCAGCAGUGGCAGACGCGCUCCAACAGCCACGCCAGCCUGGUGGCCGCGCUMACUCGGGAAUAUCGCAUUUUAAGAGGAACUGUGAACAUUAGUCCGCGACAGCCGGGCCUGGACAACGUGAAAGCGGUGAUACAGCAGACCCUACCUGUGCUCAGGGAUAUAGUCGACAGCAUUUCGAGUGAAUCCACAAAAUCUCGUCAGAUCUGUUACCAGAGUCUUCAGGAGUCGGUCCAAGUGACUCUUAACCUGUUCCCGGUUUUCAUUCAGCAGCCAGAUGUGACGGACGAGAUGCUGGCCUUCUUCUUGACUCUGUUUCAAGCGUUGCGAGUCCAAAUGGGUGUUGCUUUCACGGGGCAGAUCAUUCACACUUUCCUCAGCAUGUUCACAAGGGAGCAGCUGGCUGCCAGCAUCUUGCAGGAAGGCAGCGCCGGAUGCAGGGUGGUGCAGAAGUUUCUGAAAAUUCUGCAGGUGGUGGUGCAAGAACCCGGUCAAGCUUUCAAGCCCUUCCUGCCCAGCAUCCUGUCACUGUGCAUGGAGCAGGUCUACCCAGUGGUGGCAGAGGUCAGUUGGUAUUUGGGGAAAAAGUCACUCUUGACUUUUACUCUCCCCUUUUUUUUUUUUUUUUUUUUUUUUUGUAUGGAGCAGUUCUGGUUGAUGUGAAGAUUGCUCGCCUCA